GGUUCAACUUGACUCUCAAGUCUCCACCUCUUCUCUCUCUCUCUCUCUCUCUCUCUCUCUCUCUCUCUCUCUCCUCCGGAUCAUGACCAGAAUUUCGAACUCAACCGACGACAAAGCAACCAGCACCCAAAAGAUCAAGUUCCUCUACAGCUACGGCGGCAAGAUCCUCCCCCGUCCCACCGACGGCAAGCUCCGAUACGCCGGCGGCCACACCAGAGUCCUCGCUGCCGACCGCUCCAUCACCUUCGCGGAGCUGAUGGUGAGGUUCGUAGAGCUAUGCGGAUCCUCCAUGACUUUGAAGUGCAAAUUACCUACCGAAGACCUAGACGUCUUGGUUACGAUCACCUGUGACGAGGACCUCGUCACGAUCGUCCGCGAAUACGAUCGGUUCUUGUCGUCUGCGCGCAAAGACCUGAAGAUUACGGCCGUGCUGUUCCCACGCGAAUCUCUCAAAACAAUCUCUCCUCCUCCGUCCACCGUUUCCAGCCUCGAUUUCUCUGCAGCUAUGUCGUCGUUUCUGGCGACCGGACUGCGGUGUCGGAAUCCUUCGCCGGCGAUGGGAUUUCCGGCCGGUGUGAGGAAAGGCGGCAGCGGAUUCCGUUGUUAUGAUCAACUAGCAAACACUAGGCAUCCCUGCUUUGUACCGCAUCAGAAUUACUGGCGGUGCCGGUAAUUGACUUCGACUGAUUAUAUAGAUAUACAUCCACAUGUACCAAAUAUCUGAGGACUAAAGACAGAAGAAGUUGAUAUUUGUUUGUGUGGCUGGACUGUACAUCGUAGUUUAAGCCGAUUUUUCCGUUCUUGAUUCAAUUGAGUUCUACUAUACUCGAAAGCCAGUUUUGCCAAUUCGUUGGUUUGUUCUCUCCCAAUAUACAGAUAUACCAUUUGCCAAA